AGCGGGCGGCAGACGAGGCUAGGUCGGCAGGAGUGUGCCAGAAAAAAACAUGCCUGAAGGUGCCAUACAACCAAUUCUAAGAAGAUCCCCGACAGCAUUUUGCAAGUGGCUGCUGAGAUGAUGUGAUAGACUCUAGCUCUCUCGAUGCUGUGCAACUAUCUAUACUCUCGCACUCAAAGCCUGAUAGGCUGUCUCUCUCUACUCUAACCACUUAGUUCCAAGGUGAGCACUCCUCAGUUGACAUCGGCCGGAAUGAUCGUGACUCACGAUGGUGUGGCGUACAGCGUCACCGCUCUCGACGGCGACGCUCGCGCCAUGCUGGAGCUGUCGCUUCCCACCGCCGCGCCGCGCGCCACCCCCACGUUGAAGACAUCUCGAAGCGCGCUUCCCUCCCCGCACGUCAACGGCACGCCGCAACCCGUCAGCAGGAGCAGCAGCGGGAUCGGUACCUUCAACAUCGAUAGCACUAGCAGCGGCAGCAGCAGUCCGUUCAGCCCCCAAGAUCCCCACAUCCCCGUUUCAAGCAGUGCGCAUUUCAGCUCCGUGCGAUCGUCACAGACCAGCACGCCAAGCGGCCACAUGCCGAGCCCACCGCAGCUCAUACCCGUGCAGAGCGGGGGGGCGAGCGCGGGGGCGAGCGCGGGAGCAAGCGCGGAAGCAAGCGCGCCGAGCGGCGGAGGCGCAACGGAAGCGGUGGUGGUGUGCCGGGCCGGGCAGCCGUUCAGCGUGGUGACGCAGGUGAGCUUCCGCGCGCCGUUCCGCGUGGAGAUGCGCGUCGACGGGAGGUCGCUGGGGUACACGGAGUACUUCUACUCGCCGGGGGAGAUUAAUCUCCACUGGUUCCACGGCUGGCACCAAGGGCACGGCAAAUUCGCGCCAUUUACCUGCGAGCCGGUGACGCGACAUGCGGACGCGGCAGAGUCGGAUAAAAGCGCCCGUUUUUCCGCGGGAAUUGCUCCGCCUGAACCGGCGCAAGACCCCCCGAGGAAGGCGCGAGGACUCGGGCAGAGCCGUGCGUCUGAGAAGGAGUGGCCUUCUCGAGGGCGAAUACUGAAGGCGGCAGGCGGGAGGGGCGGGAGAGGCGGGAGGGGGGGGAGGGGCGGGACUCCCGCUGGGACGGGGGACGCGGAUGGCGGGGACGCGGAGAAGGGCAGUGCGGGCAGGCUUGCGAUGGGCGGCGCUAGGCAGUGGUGCUGCGCAAGUGCCGAUUCUCAGACGUUCCAGAUGAUUCCGGUGAGGGCGGCGCAGGGAGGAGUGGAGUGCGGCGGAGAGCGAACGGCGAAGCUGCAUUGGCGAAGAGGAAAGAAGGCGCCGCAACCGCAGCCGCAGCAGCAGCAGCGGCGGGGAGGGAAACAACAGCAGCUGAAUCAGCGGGAGCAGGGGGCGGGGGAGCAUUGUGAACGUGACGGUUCGCGGGAGCACGAACCGGAGGAGGUGGACUGGUGGGGGUGGCGGAACGAGCAGCCCGGCCUGCCCAUUCCUGCCGCCCUCGCGCUCUCCUUCGACCGCCUGACUGCCGACGCGGCCGACACUAGCAGCGACGACACCAGCAAUUGCCCCUCCUCCGCCUCCUCGUCCCCUCUCCACCGCCCCCACACGCCCACAGCCGCAGGGCGAGGAGAGACGGGCGGUGGAAUGGGCGCGAAUGAUGCAAAUGCCGCCUGUGUCGCGUGCUUCAGCCGCCCACACGCCCCUCACUUGGACCCAGCCGCCACAGCGGCAGAGGGCUGCGAGUGCGACGGCGACACAGGGGCGCAGCAGGUGGGGGGAUUCUGCGGGCUGCUGUGCCUCCCUGCCUCCGUGCCUCCGCCUCCCGACAGACUUCAGCCAGGGCAUUCGUGCACAGUGCGCGAGGCUGCUGACUCAGCCGGCAGCACGGAUGACGAAUACGACACCGAUGACGGCAUUGGCAGUUCGAGCAGCAGCGACUCGGAGGAGCAGGAGGACGAACGGAGUCAGAAGCUUCUGCAGUGCCAGUCCUGCCUGCCGCCUCUGCUCUCCCUCUGGCAUCACUCCAAGCGCCCCCCAGACCACCCCACCACCACCAUCCCACCCAUUCCCCCAUCGUCCCCAGCCAGUCUCCCCCCUCUGGCCAGCCUGCCCCCUCAAGAUUCACCCUCGGCAGUGGAUUUCCGAGUGGAGGUGGUGUUCCACUCCAUCCGCCUACUGCCCUGCACCGUCCGCACCACCGGGCACUGCGCGCUCUGUGAGAGCCGCCUCAGAUGGUACCUGGGGGCGGUGGGCUCUGGCCAGGCUGCACCUGACGCAACUGCUGUGGGGAUGGCAGGGGCGUGUGAGCAAGAGAAGAGUUUGGCUCCAAAGGCACCGGCGGCCUUGGGGUCUACGAGAAGGGGCAGGGGGAGGGGGGAUUCGAGGGAGGUGGGAGGGGAAGUGGCUGGGGGGGAAGGCAGGUGUGGGGGAGGGCGGAUCCCAGCAGAGGAUGUGCUGGAUCCUGUGCCGUUCCACUACCAGGACGUGGGUGAACAGGUGAUGGUGUCGCUUCGCUUCAACUGUCUCCAAAGAUUGAGAGAAAGGGGGUUGAUACAAGAUAUCGCCAAGACAUUACCAACGUAACAUGAGCUAAUAAUUAAUUAUGUAUGAUAUUCUCAGGCAUUCACACCCGACGUACGUUUGUCAAAUGAGAACCUUGUUUGGCGAAUAUUCCCGGAAAAGCUGGAAUGAAGUGUAUCGCACCUA